AUGGAGGAUUUGAAAAACCCUGUCCGACUUUUUCACAAGUCCUCGUUCAGCAUCAGCAGCCUGCUGCUGCGGCGAGAGGGAGCAGCGCCACGGAGCGCAGUGCGCGGGGUCCCGUCCCUGAAGCAACGUUGCCAGGACGCAGCCAAGCCCAGAGCUCGUAGUCUGGAGCAAAGCUGCUUUGCCAAGGAGGAAAACUGCAACAGCCCAAAAGAAUGCGUCGAGGGAGCGGUAAAGCCCGUAAUCGCAAACAGGAAACGAAAAGGAGACGCGAGAGAAUCGAACAAAGUUGGUGGAGCGGAAGAGAAGGUUAAACCAGAGAAACCCCCGUUCAGUUACAACGCGCUCAUCAUGAUGGCCAUUCGCCAGAGCCCCGAGCGACGACUCACGCUCAACGGCAUCUACGAGUUUAUCAUGGGCAACUUCCCGUACUACCGAGAGAACCGACAGGGCUGGCAAAACUCAAUCAGACACAACCUGAGUCUGAACAAGUGUUUCGUUAAAGUGCCGCGGCACUACGACGACCCGGGCAAAGGCAACUACUGGAUGCUGGACCCAUCGAGCGACGACGUCUUCAUAGGUGGCACAUCCGGCAAACUGAGGCGCCGGUCCGCAGCGGGCUCAAGGGCCAAACUCGGCCUGAAACGCGGCGGGCCCAUGCCGCCCGGCACCGCGGCGAGCUUCACCUUCGCCGCGGGUUCGUUUUACUGGCCGGUGCCGUCGCUCCUCUCGCUGCAGCCGCAGCAGGUUCGCUCGCAUCCUGGCCCCGGAUCGUCGUGUCUCGGUCCGCACCGGCACUUAAACUCUGCGACGUCGGUGGUCUCCCAGAGGUCAUCGCGACACCACCACAUAAGCGCAACGACCGUCGCCGAAGCUGACCGGUUCGUCCUGGCGGACCAGGAGGAGUCUUACUUUGGGAUUAGUUGUGCGCAGACCCGCGGGGCGGCCGUGCCCUGCGCGCUGUCCCUGUUCAACCCGUGUUCCAUCAGCGUGCUCUCCGGACAGCCCAGUUACUUGUACUCUCAGAUGCCCUGUUCAGCAACUUUUAACCCACAUGAGGGUCCCGGAAGCUUUCUAUCCAAGAGUGGGCAGUCAGACAUCGGGGCUACCUACAUCCAGAUACCCAAUUACUUGCCCCAGCUGGGCGCUGGUCCGCUGUCCUGGAAUGCUGCACAGUAG